GGUGGGAGGAUGUUUGCACUCAUAAGGAAACCCUCAAUCUGAAACCAGCGUUUAAAAGAAACAAGACCUCCGUGGCGCUCGCCUGGUGAUCCCAUCUCCCAUCUCCUCACGAGAACUCCACAGAGCCCGAACGCCGACCACCAUGCCUCCGCCCGGCGCAUGCCUGAACAUCAUGGAGGCCCGUCAGAAGCAAAGAGGCUACGGGACCUUCGCCAACCCCGAGAGGUUCCUCAACCAGGACUACCAGCAGCUCAAACAGCACUGCGUCACCCGAGGAGUCAUGUACGUCGACGACAUGUUCCCCCCCGACGCCGUUUCCAUCGGCGAAGGGAUCCUGAGGCCCUCGGACCUGUGCCGCGUGCAGUGGCUCAGACCGAUGAAAUUGUCUCCUUUUCCGAACUUCAUUCUUGACGGAAUCUCAAGGUUCGACGUUGGUCAAGGAGUCCUUGGAGACUGCUGGUUUUUGGCAUCUCUCGCAGCUCUGACGUUACAGCCACAGAUCUUUGAAAAGGUCGUCCCUGUUGACCAGACAUUUGAUGCAAAAUACUGCGGGCUGUUCCACUUCAGGUUCUGGAGGUUUGGGAAAUGGGUGGAUGUCGUCAUUGAUGACAAGCUGCCGACAAUCGAUGGGAGACUCCUCUUCGCUCACUCCAAAGACCAAAACGAGUUCUGGCCCGCGUUGAUGGAAAAAGCUUACGCCAAAGUGUGUGGUUCCUACACCGACAUGGUAACCGGGACCCCCGCAGAGGCCAUGAUGGACUUCACGGGUGGCGUUCACAUAAGUGUGGAGCUGUCGGAUCCCCCCCCCAACCUGUGGCAGCUGAUGUGCAGCGCUGGACAGUCCUCGUCGCUGAUGGGGUGCGGGACACCUCAAGGGGAGACACCUGACAACAACAUAUUGGCAAAUGGAUUGGUCCAAGGCCAUGCGUACACGGUGACGGGGAUGAAGCAGGUCGCGAGCCGAGGGAAACCAGUGAAGCUGCUGCGUUUGAUGAACCCUUGGGGCAAAGGAGAGUGGACCGGAGCCUGGAGUGAUCUGUCACCUCUGUGGAAAACCCUGAGUGUCGAAGAUCGUGCCGCGCUCCUCUCAGUUGCAGAUAAUGGAGAGUUUUGGUUGACCCUGGAGGACUUCUGUAAGUUCUACACAGAUCUGGAUAUCUGCUCCCUGUCGCCCAACUUCCUCGACGGAAACUUCUCUCGUCAGUGGGAGACCACCGUGUACGAGGGCCGGUGGGUCGCGGGAACAACUGCCGGGGGAUGCUCUAAUAACAGAGACAGUUUCUGGACCAAUCCGCAGUACCGGGUCAAGAUUUCUGGGGAACAUUCAGGUAACGAGAAAAACGUGCUGUUGUCUCUCAUGCAAAAGCACGACAAGAGGAACAGGCACCUGAUCCAAAACUUCCACAUUGGAAUCUCUGUGUUUGAGCUGAAGGAACACCACAAGGCACAGAAGGGGAAGUUCCCUCCAUCGUUCUUCAACCAGGCGCCAGCCGGCCAGACCAAAACCUACCGGAACGCCCGCGAGGUGGUGGAGUACCUCACGCUGAAGCCCGCAGAGUACCUGAUCGUACCGUCCACCUUCAGACCCAACGAGGCGGCCUCCUUCCUGCUGACCAUCAUCACCAAGGAGAAGACCGACGGCUACGAGAACUCAGGCGACCAAGGAGAGGAGCCGGUUGGAAUGCUCACACCGACUGCAAAUGUGGAAGAAGAAAAGAAGAGGAAAACACUUUUCCACCAGAACUCCGACAUAUAUGAAGAAGUGGAUGCUGAAACGCUGCAGAUGCUACUAAAUGAAAAAAUCCUGAAAGGCGACUUGAAAUCAGGAGGCUUCAGCAUCGAGGCCUGUCGCAGCAUGGUGGCUCUGAUGGACACGUCCAUCUCAGGCAAACUGAACGGUGGGGAGUUUGUUCGUCUGUGGAAGAAGGUCGUCACAUACAGGGACAUUUUCUUCCUCACUGAUGUCUCGCGAACUGGAACGCUGUCACUGAGCGAGCUGCGGAACGCUUUCGCAGCUUCAGGAAUGAGGAUGAAGGACGACAUGCUCAGUCUGAUGGCGCUGCGCUACGGCGCCUCCUCUGGACACAUCACCCUGGAGAGCUUCAUCGGCCUCAUCCUCCGCUUGGACUGCAUGAGCAAGAUCUUCAAACAACUGUCUGAUGGAAAAAACAUGAAUCUUCAAGAGUCAGAGUGGAUGUACAUUUCGAUGUACACUUAACUCAACUUGGAGGAUGGACGGCACAAUUCACCCGGAGAUGUUUGGAGAGAGGGUUUUCUUUUAUUUGCUAAGUUGCUGGAUGUAUGGUAAUGGUAAAUGGGCCCUAUGAAUGUACUCUUACAACCCAUUACUAGUCUUGUUUACCACAUGAUAAAAGAUGUAUUCUUACAUAUGAGCCAUUACACAGUAUUGGAACCAAAGAGCAUUACACAAUAAUGUGAAAAAAUAACUGAACCGGUCCUGUAACAUAAGGCCAAAGCGCCUGGAGACUUUACAACAAUACAGAUGGAAUCUCGUCAUGUGACUUUGUUUUUUACAUUAAUAGCAUAUGUUCAGUCGACUGAAUGAAGACUUUGUACAAACACAUUUCAGAUUUUAGAACAGGACAACUAUCACAUCAGUUAGUAAUGGUACAAUAUUACUCACAUUUAUAUUUGAUCGAAUGCACCUUUAAUGACACACUGCUGUAAAAAGGAAGCCAGCCUCUUUAAGAUCGUCAUGUUAUUUCCAGUUUUCUAUUAAGACACUGAUGUGUUUAAAGGUUUUGUUGCUCUCUUGUGGCUUGAAAAGAAUCAAUUAUUAAUUGCAAAAAGUUCCGGAGUAAAUGAUUAAUGCAACAGGUGGUUUUGUUUGAAUGAGGUGGAUGGGUGUUACAGCACAUACUGCAUGCUUAGAUUCAUAUAGUUAAAAAACUGUCUAUUAAAACUAUCAAAUAUAUUACUACAAUCUGUUGUUAGAUCAGACAUCGGAUGUGGAAAUAAAUCUUUUUUGUGCAGCUUAAUAAUAAGACGAAAUAAUAAAAGACAUUUUAAACUUACGUGAAUCUGACAUCUGAAA